CGGAGCCAGGCUGCGGUCGUCUUCUUCUUCCUUCCUCCAUGCUGUCGCUGGGCGUUUCUGCGGGCCGGAGUUUGAGCAGAGCUGGUGGUCCAAGGAUUUUACUCAGAAUGACACUGGGAACCGAGAUUACUACACUGUUCAAGGCCUCUUCCUAUAGUGCAGUAGACCGAAACUUUCUGAAAUGGGAUCUGCCGCCAGAGCAGAUUAGAACAAGGACUGAGGAUCUAAUCAAGAAAACAAAGCAAGUCUAUGACAGGGUUGGGAUGCUUGAUAUAGAAAAGGUCACUUAUGAGAACACUCUACAAGCUUUAGCAGAUCUAGAAGUGGAAUAUUCUGUGGAAAGAAGCAUGUUAGAUUUCCCCCAGCAUGUCUCACCUGAUAAAGAUGUGCGUGCAGCGAGCACAGAAGCCGACAAAAGGCUCUCUCAUUUUGAUGUUGAGAUGAGCAUGAGGGAAGAUGUGUUCCAAAGGGUUGUCCAUUUACAGAAAACAUGUGACAUUGAGGCUUUAAGGCCAGAAGCCAAAAGAUACUUGGAAAAGUCAAUAAAAAUGGGGGAAAGAAAUGGACUCCAUCUUCCUACAGAAGUACAGAAUGAAAUCAAGAUGAUAAAGCAGAAACUGAGUGAGCUAUGCAUAGACUUCAACAAAAACCUCAAUGAAGAAAAUACAUUUCUGAUAUUUUCUCAAGAUGAACUCCGUGCCCUUCCUGAUGAUUUUAUCAGUAGUUUAGAGAAGAUUGAAACAAGCAGAUAUAAAGUUACUUUAAAAUAUCCCCACUAUUUUCCUGUUCUGAAGAAGUGCAGUGUUCCAGACACCAGGCGAAAAAUGGAAGCUUCUUUUAACACCAGGUGUAAAGAGGAAAAUGCUAACAUUCUUCAACAGUUACUUCCUUUGAGGGCAAAAUUAGCAGAGCUUCUGGGAUACAACACACACGCCAACUUUGUUCUUGAGCUGAACACUGCAAAGAUCACAGACAAUGUUACAGCAUUCUUAGGUGAUCUAAGCAAUAAGAUGAAGUUUUUGGGUGAGGAUGAGAGGGCAUUUAUUCUAAACCUAAAGAAAAACGAAUGUGAAGAAACAGGCUUUGAAUAUGAUGGAAGGGUUAAUGCGUGGGAUCUGCCGUAUUAUAUGAAUCGUACAGAGGAGCUCAAGUACUCCAUAGAUCAAGAAAAGCUGAAGGAGUACUUCCCCAUUGAAGCCGUCACAGAAGGUUUAUUGAAUAUUUACCAGCAGCUGCUGGGACUUGUAUUUGAACCAGUGGGUGAUGCUCAUGUGUGGCAUGAGAGCGUUACUGUUUACACAGUAAAAGACAGUUCAACAGGAGAGGUUUUAGGGCAGUUCUACUUGGACCUGUACCCAAGAGAAGGAAAGUAUGGGCAUGCUGCAUGCUUUGGUCUCCAGCCUGGCUGUCUUCUUUCUGAUGGCAGCAGAAUGAUGUCAGUAGCAGCUCUGGUAACAAACUUCACAAAGCCAACACUGGAUUGCCCAUCACUGCUGCGACAUGGCGAGGUGAAAACGUACUUCCAUGAGUUUGGGCAUGUAAUGCAUCAGAUAUGUGCGCAGACUGAUUUUGCUCGGUUUAGUGGAACUAAUGUGGAAACAGAUUUUGUAGAGGUACCAUCACAAAUGUUCGAGAACUGGGUAUGGGAAAAAGAACCACUGCAACUAAUGUCAAAACAUUAUAAAGAUGGAAGCCAGGUCCCAGAUGAUCUCCUCGAAAAGCUCAUUGCUUCUAGGCUAUCAAACACGGGUCUUCUGACUCUUCGUCAGAUUGUUUUGAGCAAGGUUGAUCAGUCUGUUCAUACUAAAUCUUCUGCUGAUCCCGCUGAGGAAUAUGCCAAGUACUGUGAAGAAAUUUUGGGAAUACCUGCAACCCCAGGUACAAAUAUGCCAGCUACCUUCGGCCAUUUGGCAAGUGGAUAUGACGGCCAGUACUACGGCUACCUAUGGAGUGAAGUUUUCUCUAUGGAUAUUUUUUACAACUGUUUUAAAAAAGAAGGGAUAAUGAAUCCACAGGCUGGAAUGAAAUACAGAAAUCUUAUCUUGAAGCCUGGAGGCUCAUUAGAUGGCAUGGAUAUGCUCCAAAACUUUUUAGGUCGUAAGCCAAACCAAAAAGCUUUUCUGUUGAGCAAAGGAUUAUAUACUUAAUAAAACUAUGGGUUUUUCGUAAUCCGAUGUAAUCUGGGGAAUCAGUCUUAUAAUACCUGUUGAUUUUCAUGUUCUGAAAGGUAAAACACAAGGGUUUUCCCCAGGACAGAUGUGAUUGUUUUUCUAAUGGUUUUUAUUACCCGUUUUCAAUAUUCAUAAUUCUCACUGCCACCUUAACAUCCACACUGAAUUGUACUGUACUUUACCGUAACUCUUACUUUUUACUAGUAAAUUAUUUGUGGAUUGUAAUGAAGUCAUGAAAAAGUGUGCAAUAAAUUUAA